AUGACUGACUCCCUGAUCUACACUUGCACAUUGGCCUAUGUGCCCAAAGGACUUGAUUUGACCCCUAUUGUCCGAUCCCAUGGUGCACCCAUUAAUAUUGAGUGUCAUUACCUGAGGAGGAUCAAUAUGAGCAGCAAUGCUGUAAUGCCAACAUGGGUACCCUACUCUGCUGAGGAGCAUUUGGUGUUCUCACUCCAGCUCAUGACUGAUAACUGGGAACAUGAGAGGGCUUCAGACAUCUACUUUCUGGGUGACAUCCUGAACAUCAAAGCUUCUGUAGUUGUGGCCAUCCAUCAACCUUUGCGGGUGUUUGUGGACAGCUGUGUUGCCACCUUGGAACCUGAUGUGACAUCUGUCCCCAGAUACCCCUUUGUGGAGAAUUAUGGGUGUCUAACAUUCACUGAUGCUAAGGUGACUGCAUCCUGCUCCCAGUUCCUCCCCAGGAAGCAGAUCAACAAGCUCCAAAGGCAACUGGAUGCCUUCAGGUUCUUGCAGGAGACCAGGAGCUCUGUGGGGAAUCUGCAGAUGGUGAUGACCAAGUAUGUGGCUGUUGUGACACAACCUGUAAUGUGA